AUGGAGAAGAUCGAAACUUUUUGCAAGUGCGUUGAUGAUUUUACCGUAAAUGUUAAACCAGAACCAGACGCAUAUUUAUUUGCACGUGUCUACAACGUUGACUUCGGAAAUGUUGCAAUCAACACAGUAAAAUACAAAUUAGCAACAAUUUAUACGCCCAGAGUUGUGCCGCAGAGAUGCGAAUACAAUAUAAUGAAGGAUUCGAAGAUAAACCCGAUUUAUCAGGUGUUCAAUUUAAAUCAUUACAACGGAUACACGCAUCCUAAGGCGAAGAUAAAGGUGAAAAUUAAGUUUCAACCCCAUGUGCCUUUUCAAACUUUCAUGGAAAAGUUUAUCAUGUGGUUUGAGUUGCAUACCAGAGUGCAAAUAGUUUGCAAGGGAUUUUGCAUAGCACCCAUUGUCACACCAGAUACUACAAGACUGUAUUUUUACAAAUCCCGAACUAAUUGUUCACUUGAAAGCUUAGUUUUUACAAAUGAAACAGAAGUUCCUGCAAUAUUCGAGUUCGAUGUUGAUGAAGGGCAGGACAUUUUUUACAUACAAAAACCCACUUCCGGUGAAAUUGGAGGCCACAGAAAACAUAAGGUUUUAUUUAAAUUUAAACCUUUAAAAUAUGGGAUGUAUGCUAUGCAGAUAACAUGUCUUAUCUGCUAUCAUAAACCUAUCAUAAUAAAUGUAUUCGGAAUAUACUCGGAAACAGAUUACAGCAAAAAAGAGUUAACAUACAAUAAAUAUCCCUUCCCCAAAAAAGAUGUUAUAGGAUACAAUGGAUUUUUCAGAAAUAUACAAGAAGUAAAAACGUAUAUCCCUCCGAUUUCCCUUAGUAGAUAUUUUAUACAUUUUGGCCUGGUCGCUUAUAAAGAAGAGGAAAAUAAUUUUUGCACUGAAACUUUUUGUUUAACAAACCACAUGUCUAAUGGUGUACGAGUUGAAUGGCUUACAGAUUCUAAAAUUUUUACUAUUAAUCCACGAAAUAUAUCGAUUCCGCCUAAGGAAUCUAUGAAUUUUGAGUGCUGUUUCAAACCUAUAAAUUAUAAUAAAGUUUACAAAAAAACUUUAAGGUGUCAGGUAUUUUGGAGGUAUGAUGAGGUGCCUAAUAGUACAACGCUGCCUUUAACUGAGUGUGUUAAAGUGAUUGCCGAACAAAUCUUCAUAGCCGUACAGUUUAAUACAGAUUUUGAAGAGCAGAAAACGUAUAUUGAACAAUGGGUGUUAAUCCUAAAUGAUAACUGCGAAAAAUUUAUCCCAGUCUACAUAAAAGUCGAAUGUUCCAUACCAAAUAUAACUAUAGGAAAUGAUGAUUUGGUUUUUUAUCAACCCAUGCAAAUGAACACGCAAGCGGAAAAAUCCCUUCCCAUGUACAAUAAUACCAUUUAUAAAAUACAAUUUAAAUUUAACAAUGACAACGAAGACUUCUUCCAAAGUAUACCACAGGAAGGCAUUUUGAAUCCAUAUGAUGAUACCUUAAUUACUUUUAAAUACAAAGCUAAGAAUUGUUCCAAAUCUAAAUUCAUUGAAACCGUGGAACUAAAAAUUGAUAAUCAAGAAGAUUUGCCUUAUAAUACUUUUGUGCAAGAGUUUAAAGUAUCCACUGAUAAAAGAUAUUCAACACUAUUUGCCAACCCAUCAUAUUUUGAAAUAGGCAUUAUCAAAUGCGGCUUGCCCAUUGAUGCAACCUUUGACCUAUUAAAUUGGGGUGAAGCCACGGUUCAUUACAAAAUUUACAUUAACGAAAUAAGGACUUUCACACAUCAAUCAACUCCCGAUCAUUUCACCAUAGAUCCUAUAAAAGGGAGUCUCACCCCCAACGAAAAACAUACCAUAACGUUAAAAACGAUAGCUAGCAGUGUAGGUAGUAAUUACAUACAGAUUUCUUACAUAAACAGGGUUGAUGAAAAUUUGGAUGAAAUUGCAAACUUGAAGGUGUUUACUGAACUGGUUGAACACAAUUUUGGAAAGCUUUUCAGCAAGAGACAGAUUUGGGACAUGCUUAAUAUGAACAAAAUCAAUCAGCAUCUAGACAGCUGUAGAGUAAAUGAAACCAAAACUGUGGACUCGUAUCUGCCAGAAAUGCCAUGUACCCAAGAAGAAUACUGGAUAGUUUUAAUAGCAACUGCUUUAACAGCCCCAAAGGAAGAAGUGGAAAUAAAAAGAAGUAAAAAUUGUGAUUGUAAAUUGGAAACUACAUCUACUCUAACGCGUUGGAUUAAACAAUAUAACUGUCCACAUAGACUGCUCUUAUCGAUGGAUUUAAUAAGUGAAGAAGAUUCGGAAACAUACACAUGUAUUUUAAACAUUAAAUACCUCAUGCCCCAGGAAAACAUAUUAUCCUUCUACAUAAACCUGUCAGAAAGCAGAAGCAUCCUUAUAAACUUCCACAUUUUCACAGUGCCAUUUGAUAGUCAUUUGAUAUCAACAUACACAAGAAAUUAUGAUGUCACUCUUAAAGAUGUCUUUAUAGGGGACGCUGAAGCAAUCACGCAAAUAUUUUGGCUUUAUAAUAGCACAGAUGAUGAAGUUAAUUAUUUUAUUGAUACAAUACUUUUGAACGACAUUUGCAGUAAGGAAGGAUUUAAUGUUUUGGAACUUGUAAACCCUGAAGGUGUUAUACAAGGACAAACAAGGUUUCCCCUGCUCAUAAAGUUUCUCCCUAUUCAAGCUAAACAAUAUAAGGCCCAGAUAGGUGGUUUAAUGGGAGAGGAAGCGAUAGUUUUAAGAAUCGAUGGUAAAGGUACAAAUACCAAGCCUGACAUUACAGAAGAUACCGAAAUGUUCUCAAAUUUAACCCUACGAGACCCAGUUAAUAACAAAAUAUGUCUUUCAAUGGAUUUUAUAAAAUUAGAAGUUUUUCCUGCUUGGAAUUAUGUUCAAAAAAUGAUUUUAAUCACGAAUAGUUCUAAGGAAGUAGUUUUUUACUAUGAAUUUGAGAGUGAGAUUUUGGCAAAUAUAAUAGAUAUUACAGCUACAUCAAACGGCUAUGGAUAUUUAAAGCCAAAACAGUCACAAAAUGAUCAUAACAAUAUGUCCCUCACAGAAUUUGAAAACUGGAAAGGGGUAUCACCACACUACCUAACUUUGCAAAUAGCUGUAUAUACUAUUGGUUCAAAGGACAAAGAUUCUUAUUUAGAUAUUGAUACGCAGUUAAAAUAUGUGAACCAGACCCAUUUGAAUGUUGAUAUUAACAAUGCUGUUAAUUCCAUUAUAGAUAGCAGAUACGGCAAUAAUUUUACCGAAAUGUUGGAGUUCGAAAGGGAGUCAAAAACUUCUGCUGAAAUUCAAAAUUUUGAGAUAAAAAGUCAGUUGUUUAAGAAUACUGCUGAGUUAUUAAUAGGUAAUGUUAUAUUUAGCAGACUUUUCCAAGGGUUACUAAAAAUAUCAUCAAAGCAAAACCCCCCAAUUUUUAACAAUUACAAAAAAUUUAAAACUAUAUGUCCAUCUUCAAACGAAUUAAAAGAACUUAGAAUGCAAGAUGCCAUAAAACUGUUUCAAAAACCCAACAUUUCAGAAACUGCAACAACAUUUGAAAACAUGCUUAAUGACAUAAUAAAACAGGAAAACAAUAUCGAAAAUGCAUCAACUCUUGAAGAUUGCUUUGAUUUAAUAGAAACCUAUGUUACCAGACAUUCAGUUUGUACUGCUAAAUGUCACUAUUUUAUUAAAAAUAAAGUUAAUGAUAAAGAAUGUUUUUUUUUCGGUGUAAUGGCAGAUGAUACAACAGUUAUAACAGAGCGUUCCCAAUGUGCCAUAACUAUUCGAUACGUCAAUAAAGGUUUCUUCGAUGUGAGCGAAAAUCGAACUGCAGAUGCUCUUUAUAAUUUGUUAGAAAAUGUUUUGGAGCCAUAUAAUUUUAGGGAAAGAUUAGUGGCUCAGUGUUAUGACGGGGCCAGUGUUAUGUCUGGCGAGUUAAAUGGACUUCAGGCAAGGAUUAAAUAUUCUGCUCCCUUGGCUUUGUUUACCCAUUGCUGUGCACAUAGGUUAAACCUUGUGCUGCAGCAAGGCAAUAAACAAAUCGAUAAAAGUCGAAUUUCUUUUUGUACAUUGUUAGAUAUACCAACCUAUUUUCAUAACUCACCAAAGGGCGCCUUUGUUCUUGAUAAAAUAGUCGGAAAAAGAAUACCACGUUCUGUCGAAACGCGCUGGUAUACCCGUUUCAAAAUUCUAAAUUUGGUUGCCACUGAAUGGGACAACUUAAUGUUAGUUUUUCAAAGUACAAUUGACGACAAAACUUCAGGUUUCGAAUCGGUAAAUUCGGCAAAGGGAUUUCUGAAGACUUUGACUGUGCUAUUUUGA